GCCGCCGCCGCCGCCGCCGCCGCCGGGGAGCGGAGCCGCGGGCAGGCCGGGCCGCACCGGAGCCCCGCGUCCGCCCGCGCCCCGCCCGAGCCGUGCGCCCGCGCCGUGCGCCCCGAGAUGCGCUCCAAGUUGCGGGCCGGGGACCCUGGGCAGGCGCCCUAGGAGGCGGCGGCGGGAGGAUCGCGCCCCGGCCGGAGGCCGGGCCUGCUGCGCGCCCCCAGCCCGUUCGGCACCGCCACUUGCCUGAGCGCCCGGGCGGCCCGAGCGCGCCCCGAGCCCGGGCGCCGCCGCCGCCGCCUCAGCGAGGUCUCCCGGGCGCUUUGAGGACUCAGCGUCACUGGAGGCCGUUUCUGGUUCCUGUGACAGGGCGGCCCGUGAGCAGAUGAGGAGGACUGGCUCUUAACCUUGGUGGCCACCGAGAGGGAGAUUAUUGGGGCCCAAGAGCCCCCAGACGCUCGCCGCCAUGUCGGGGUCCACGCAGCCUGUGGCACAGACGUGGAGGGCCACCGAGCCCCGCUACCCGCCCCAUGGCAUUUCUUACCCUGUGCAGAUCGCCCGGCCCCACACGGACGUCGGGCUGCUCGAGUACCAGCACCACCCCCGUGACUACGCCUCGCACCUGUCGCCCGGUUCCAUCCUCCAGCCCCAGAGGAGGAGGCCCUCCCUGCUGUCCGAAUUUCAGCCUGGGAACGAGAGGUCCCAGGAGCUCCACCUGCGACCCGAGUCCCACUCCUACCUGCCCGAGCUGGGCAAGUCGGAGAUGGAGUUCAUCGAGAGCAAGCGCCCUCGCCUGGAGCUGCUGCCGGAUCCCCUGCUGCGGCCCUCACCCCUGCUGGCUGCGGGCCAGCCUGCGGGCUCGGAGGACCCGUCCAAGGACCGCAGCCUGGCGGGCAAGCUGGAGCCCGUGUCUCCCCCCAGCCCGCCGCACGCCGACCCUGAGUUGGAGCUUGUACCUCCGCGGCUCUCCAAGGAGGAGCUGAUCCAGAACAUGGACCGGGUGGACCGCGAGAUCACCAUGGUGGAGCAGCAGAUCUCCAAGCUGAAGAAGAAGCAGCAACAGCUGGAGGAGGAGGCCGCCAAGCCCCCGGAGCCCGAGAAGCCCGUGUCGCCGCCGCCCAUCGAGUCGAAGCAUCGCAGCCUGGUGCAGAUCAUCUACGACGAGAACCGGAAGAAGGCUGAAGCCGCCCAUCGGAUUCUGGAAGGCCUGGGGCCUCAGGUGGAGCUGCCCCUGUACAACCAGCCGUCCGACACCAGGCAGUAUCAUGAGAACAUCAAAAUAAACCAGGCGAUGCGGAAAAAGUUAAUCUUGUACUUCAAGAGGAGGAACCACGCUCGGAAACAAUGGGAGCAGAAGUUCUGCCAGCGCUAUGACCAGCUCAUGGAGGCCUGGGAGAAGAAGGUGGAGCGCAUCGAGAGCAACCCCCGGCGGCGGGCCAAGGAGAGCAAGGUGCGCGAGUACUACGAGAAGCAGUUCCCCGAGAUCCGCAAGCAGCGCGAGCUGCAGGAGCGCAUGCAGAGCAGGGUGGGCCAGCGGGGCAGCGGGCUUUCCAUGUCGGCCGCCCGCAGCGAGCACGAGGUGUCCGAGAUCAUCGAUGGCCUCUCCGAGCAGGAGAACCUGGAGAAGCAGAUGCGCCAGCUGGCCGUGAUCCCGCCGAUGCUCUACGACGCUGACCAGCAGCGCAUCAAGUUCAUCAACAUGAACGGGCUCAUGGACGACCCCAUGAAGGUGUACAAGGACCGCCAGGUCAUGAACAUGUGGAGCGAGCAGGAGAAGGAGACCUUCCGGGAGAAGUUCAUGCAGCACCCCAAGAACUUCGGCCUGAUCGCAUCGUUCCUGGAGAGGAAGACCGUGGCCGAGUGUGUGCUUUAUUACUACCUGACCAAGAAGAACGAGAACUACAAGAGCCUGGUGAGGAGGAGCUACCGACGCCGCGGCAAGAGCCAGGAGCAUAAACGUGAUGGUGAACGGUGGCUCACACCUGACCUAAGCGUCCGUAAGAGGCGACAGGGAGUGCUGAGGCCCGUGGCCGACUUACAGAGCUCACGCGUGUCUGUUCCAGCUGACCUUUGGCCAGAUGGCCUCGUAUUGCCAAGAGCCGAUUUCCUCGAGCGUCAGACCUCUGGACUCGAGAAUGGCAAGAUCGGCGGGAACCGACUGCCGUGCCCCCCUCGAUCGGCCACCGCGCGGCCCUUCAGCACCAGGCGGAACACGGCCUUCCCUGCCCGCCCCUCCCCCACUGCCACCAGGGCGCCGCCCGCCUGCCUGCGCGUGGCUGUCGAAGCCGGCCGGGCCCUGCCGCCAGGCGCCGUGCGUCACUUGGCCCCCUCCCUGCGGUGUCCCCUCUCGUCCUUGUCAACCGAAAGCCUUCGGGGACCCAGCUCACAGGCCUCCUUCCUCGUCCCCGUGGGCCAGGAAGAACUGCCACCACGUCUGCGGCCUGCUGAGCCUUUGCAGGUUUUCUCAGCACUGAGCCGCCGGCUGCCCUGGCGGGCGUUCCUUGUCUGUCACCUGAGGCGCCAGCUCCGGAAGGUUGGGGCCCGCGGUUCUGGUGGCGUGGAGUCCCCCUGGCGAGUGCGCAGAGGGCACCCGUCUCAGAACAAAGCGGCAAACCUCUCUGUUCCUGCCGCCACCUGCUGGGAGGGCUCCGAAAGAGGCUUUGCCUUUCGGGUAGCAGAGGGGGUUCUUGGAGCAGCUCGUUCCUGGGGUGACCCCUGGCAUGGCUUUGGAGAGCCCGGGGUUCCGCGCUCUGGGCCCCUGUGGCACAGAACGCCCCCAGCUGUGGUCCGCCGCCUCGUAAACGACAGCCACGCGAGAGGACCGGCAGCCCUCCCCGUGCCGGUGGUGGCUUCGGCCCCCCUUGAACAGCCGUGCCAGACCCCACUCGUGUCGGGGAUCUCUUGUUCCGGCCUCCCGGCCCCCGGCCGGGGUGGGCCUGCGGAACAGCCCAGCUUCGCAAGGGAGGAGUCAGAGCACAGAGAGGUUAAGGUCCUCAUCCAGGGUCACACAGCCCGCGAGUGGAGGAGUCGGGAGGAGUCCUGGAGGCGUCCAGGCUUCCGACGUCUACGCCUGGCCCUGGGGCUCCUGCCUCCCUGGACCCCGUGGGCUGCGGUGCCCCCGGCUGUGGCGUCUGCGGCUGGCUGCGUCCCGUUCCCGCUCUGCGGGCGCACUCAGCCCAGGCGCAAAGGCUCACCUGCCUCGCCGUUUUCCUCCCUCCCUCGGCCUCCCCCGGGGCCCCCGCAGCAGCAGCACCAGCAGCAAAUGCCCCGGAGCAACCAGGAGGAGAAGGAUGAGAAGGAGAAGGACAAGGAGGCUGAGAAGGAGGAGGAGAAGCCCGACGUGGAGAACGACAAGGAGGAGCUGACCAAGGAGAAGACGGACGACACCUCUGGGGAGGACAACGAUGAGAAGGAGGCAGUGGCCUCUAAAGGCCGGAAAACUGCCAACAGCCAGGGGAGACGCAAAGGCCGCAUCACCCGCUCCAUGGCCAACGAGGCCAACAGUGAGGAGGCCGUCACCCCACAGCAGAGCGCCGAGCUGGCUUCGAUGGAGAUGAACGAGAGUUCUCGCUGGACGGAGGAGGAGAUGGAGACCGCCAAGAAAGGUCUUCUGGAACACGGCCGGAACUGGUCGGCCAUCGCCCGGAUGGUGGGCUCCAAGACCGUAUCUCAGUGUAAGAACUUCUACUUCAACUACAAGAAGAGGCAGAACCUGGACGAGAUCCUGCAGCAGCACAAGCUGAAGAUGGAGAAGGAGAGGAAUGCGCGGAGGAAGAAGAAGAAAGCCCCGGCUGCCGCCAGCGAGGAGGCCGCCUUCCCGCCCGCGGUGGAGGACGACGAGAUGGAGGUGUCAGGAGGGAGCGGGAACGAAGAGGAUGUGGCAGAGGAGGCGGAAGCCUUACACGCCUCUGGGAACGAGGUGCCCAGAGGGGAAUGCAGUGGCCCAGCCACCGUCAACAACAGUUCUGACACCGAGAGCAUCCCCUCCCCCCGCGCCGAGGCCGCCAAGGACGCGGGGCAGAACGGGCCCAAGCCCCCGCCUGCCCCAGGCGCCGACGUGCCAGCCCCUGAGCCGCCCACACCACCGCCGGAGGAUGCGCUGGCCCCCGCCGAGCCCGCCCCGGCCCCCGAAGCCGCCGGCCCGCCCACGCCCCCACCGGCACCCCCAUCGCCCACCGCACCCCCUCCUGUGGUCCCCAAGGAGGAAAAGGAAGAAGAGGUUGCCACGGCCCCCCUGGUGGCAGAGGAGGAGGAGCAGAAGCCCCCCGUGGCCCAGGAGCUGUCCGUGGACGUGGGCAAGCCAGAAGAGCCUGCCGAGGCCCCCCCCACAGAGCCCAUCAAGAGCGAAUGCAAAGAGGAGGCCCCGGAGGACGGGCCCCACAAGGGCAAAGGAGGCCCUGAGGCCAGCGUGGAGGCCGCCCCCGAGGGGGCCCUCAAGGUGGAGAAGAAAGAGGGCGGCGGCCCUGGGGGCAAAGCCCCCACCACCAAGGGAGCAGGGGCCCCCCAGGACAGCGACUCCAGUGCCACCUGCAGUGCGGACGAGGUGGAUGAGCCCGAGGGGGGCGACAAGAACAGGCUGCUGUCGCCACGGCCCAGCCUCCUCACCCCGAGCAGUGACACCAGGGCCAACGCCUCCCCCCAGAAGCCGCUGGACCUGAAGCAGCUGAAGCACCGGGCGGCCGCCAUACCCCCGAUCCAGGUCACCAAAGUCCAUGAGCCCCCCCGGGAGGACGCGGCUCCCCCUGCCCCCCCGCCGCCACAGCACCUGCAGCCGGAGAACGACACCCCCCAGCAGCCCGGCAACAGCCCCCGAGGCAAAAGCAGGAGCCCCGUGCCUCCUGCUGAGAAGGAGGAGAAGCCUGUGUUCUUCUCGGCCUUUGCAGCUGAUGGCCAGAAGCUGCCCACAGAGCCUCCGUGCUGGACGUCGGGCCUGCCCUUCCCUGUGCCCCCUCGUGAGGUGAUCAAGGCCUCCCCGCACGCCCCUGACCCCUCGGCCUUCUCCUACGCCCCGCCUGGUCACCCACUGCCCCUGGGCCUCCAUGACAGCGCCCGGCCCGUCCUGCCUCGCCCACCCACCAUCUCCAACCCGCCGCCCCUCAUCUCCUCCGCUAAGCACCCCAGCGUCCUCGAGAGGCAAAUGAACGCCAUCUCCCAGGGAAUGUCGGUGCAGCUCCACGUCCCUUACUCAGAGCACGCCAAGGCCCCUGUGGGCCCCAUCACCAUGGGGCUGCCCCUUGCCAUGGACCCCAAGAAGCUGGCGCCCUUCAGCGGAGUGAAGCAGGAGCAGCUGUCCCCGCGGGGCCAGGCUGGGCCCCCGGAGAACCUGGGGGUGCCCACAGCCCAGGAGACAUCUGUGCUGAGAGGGACAUCUCUGGGCUCGGUUCCGGGAGGAAGCAUCACCAAGGGCAUCCCCGGCACGCGGGUGCCUUCUGAGAGCCCCAUCACGUACCGCGGCUCCAUCACCCACGGCACCCCGGCCGACGUCCUGUACAAAGGCACCAUCACCAGGAUCAUCGGCGAGGACAGCCCGAGUCGUCUGGACCGCAGCCGGGAGGACAGCCUGCCGAAGGGCCACGUCAUCUACGAGGGCAAGAAGGGCCACGUCCUGUCCUACGAGGGUGGCAUAUCUGUGUCCCAGUGCUCCAAGGAGGACGGCAGGAGCAGCUCCGGACCCCCGCAUGAGACGGCCGCCCCCAAGCGCACCUACGACAUGAUGGAGGGCCGCGUCAGCAGGGCCAUCUCCUCCGCUGGCAUUGAAGGUCUCAUGGGCCGGGCCAUCCCGCCGGAGCGACACAGCCCCCACCACCUCAAGGAGCAGCACCACAUCCGAGGCUCCAUCACACAAGGGAUCCCGCGGUCCUACGUGGAGGCCCAGGAAGACUACCUCCGUCGGGAGGCCAAGCUCCUGAAACGCGAGGGCACGCCGCCACCGCCCCCGCCCCCACGGGACCUGGCCGAGGCCUACAAGGCCCGGCCCCUGGAGGCGCUGGGCCCCCUGAAGCUGAAGCCGGCCCACGAGGGGCUGGUGGCGACGGUGAAGGAGGCCGGCCGCUCCAUCCACGAGAUUCCCCGGGAAGAGUUGCGGCGCACGCCCGAGCUGCCCCUGGCCCCGCGGCCGCUCAAGGAGGGCUCCAUCACGCAGGGCACCCCGCUCAAGUAUGACACUGGCCCGUCCUCCGCCGGCUCCAAAAAGCAUGACGUGCGCUCCAUCAUCGGCAGCCCCGGCCGCACGUUCCCGCCCGUGCACCCGCUGGACGUGAUGGCCGACGCCCGGGUGCUGGAGCGCGCCUGCUACGAAGAGAGCCUGAAGGGCCGGCCGGGGGCAGCCGGCAGCUCGGGGGGCUCCAUCACCCGGGGGGCCCCGGUCAUCGUGCCUGAGCUGGGCAAGCCGCGCCAAAGCCCCCUGGCCUACGAGGAGCACGGGGCGCCCUUCGCCGGCCACCUCCCACGCGGCUCACCGGUGACCACACGGGAGCCCACCCCACGCCUGCAGGAGGGCAGCCUCUCAUCUAGCAAGGCAUCCCAGGACCGGAAGCUGACGUCCACGCCCCGGGAGAUCGCCAAGUCCCCCCACAGCGCCGUGCCUGAGCACCACCCCCACCCCAUCUCGCCCUACGAACACCUGCUUCGGGGCGUGAGCGGUGUGGACCUGUACCGCGGCCACAUCCCCCUGGCCUUCGAUCCCACCUCCAUACCCCGCGGGAUCCCUCUCGAUGCAGCCGCGGCCUAUUACCUGCCCCGACACCUGGCCCCCAACCCCGCCUACCCGCACCUGUACCCGCCUUACCUCAUCCGCGGCUACCCCGACACGGCGGCGCUGGAGAACCGCCAGACAAUCAUCAACGACUACAUCACCUCACAGCAGAUGCACCACAACGCGGCGACCGCCAUGGCCCAGCGGGCUGACAUGCUGAGGGGCCUCUCGCCCCGCGAAUCCUCUCUGGCACUCAACUAUGCCGCCGGCCCUCGAGGCAUCAUCGACCUGUCCCAAGUGCCACACCUCCCCGUGCUGGUGCCCCCGACCCCGGGCACGCCGGCCGCCGCCGCCAUGGACCGCCUUGCCUACCUCCCCACAGCGCCCCAGCACUUCAGCAGCCGGCUCAGCAGCUCCCCGCUCUCCCCAGGGGGUCCCACUCACUUGACGAAACCCGCCACCACCUCGUCGUCCGAGAGGGAGCGGGAGCGCGACCGGGAGCGCGACCGGGAGCGUGACCGGGAGCGCGAGAAGCCGGUCCUCACGUCCACCACCACCACCGUGGAGCACGCGCCCAUCUGGAGACCUGGUACGGAGCAGAGCAGCGGCGGCAGCGGCGGCGGAGGGGGUGGGGGCGGCAGCGGCAGUGGCCGCCCCACCCCCCACUCCCACCAGCACUCGCCAAUGUCACCCCGGGCCCAGGACACCAUCCAGCAGAGACCCAGCGUGCUGCACAACACGGGCAUGAAGGGCAUCCUCACCUCCGUGGAGCCCAGCACGCCCACAGUCCUGAGGUCCACCUCUGCCUCCUCGCCUGUCCGCCCGGCCGCCACAUUCCCACCCACCACCCACUGUCCUCUGGGUGGCACCCUGGACGGGGUCUACCCCACCCUCAUGGAGCCUGUCUUGCUGCCCAAGGAGGCCCCAAGGGUCGCCCGGCCCGAGCGGCCCCGUGCGGACGCUGGCCACGCCUUCCUUGCCAAGCCCCCAGCCCGCUCUGGGCUGGAGCCCGCCUCCUCCCCCAGCAAAGGCUCCGAGCCGCGGCCCCUGGCGCCCCCCGGCUCCAGCCACACGGCCAUCGCCCGCACCCCAGCAAAGAGCCUCGCACCCCACCACGCCAGCCCGGACCAGCCUGCGCCGCCCGCCUCGGCCGCGGACCCGCACCGGGAAAAGACUCAAAGUAAACCCUUUUCCAUCCAGGAAUUGGAGCUCCGUUCUCUGGGUUACCACGGUGGCAGCUACAGCCCCGACGGGGUGGAGCCCGUCAGCCCCGUGAGCUCGCCCAGCCUGACCCAUGACAAGGGGCUCCCCAAGCACCUCGAGGAGCUCGACAAGAGCCACCUGGAGGGGGACCUGCGGCACAAGCAGCCAGGCCCCGGAAAGCUCAGCGGUGAGGCCGCGCACCUCCCACACCUGCGGCCGCUGCCCGAGAGCCAGCCCUCGUCCAGCCCACUGCUCCAGACCACCCCCGGGGUCAAAGGUCACCAGAGGGUGGUCACCCUGGCACAGCACAUCAGCGAGGUCAUCACACAGGAUUACACGCGGCACCACCCACAGCAGCUGAACGCACCCCUCCCGGCCCCCCUCUACUCCUUCCCUGGAGCCAGCUGCCCGGUCCUGGACCUGCGUCGCCCCCCCAGUGACCUCUACCUCCCGCCCCCGGACCAUGGCGCCCCGGCUCGCGGCUCGCCCCACAGUGAAGGGGGCAAGAGGUCUCCAGAGCCCAGCAAGACGUCCGCCCUGGGCAGCAGUGAGGAUGCCAUCGAGCCCGUGUCCCCACCCGAGGGCAUGGCAGAGCCUGGGCAUCCCCGAAGCGCCAUGUACCCACUGCUGUACCGGGACGGGGACCAGGCAGAGCCCAGCAGAAUGGGCUCUAAAUCUCCAGGCAACAGCAGCCAGCCGCCGGCCUUCUUCAGCAAACUGACCGAGAGCAACUCCGCCAUGGUCAAAUCGAAGAAGCAGGAGAUCAACAAGAAGCUGAACACCCACAACCGGAACGAGCCAGAAUACAAUAUCGGCCAGCCCGGGACGGAGAUCUUCAACAUGCCCGCCAUCACCGGAGCAGGCCUUAUGACCUGCAGAAGCCAGGCGGUGCAGGAACAUGCCAGCACCAACAUGGGGCUGGAGGCCAUUAUUAGAAAGGCGCUCAUGGGUAAAUAUGAUCAGUGGGAGGAGCCCCCGCUCAGCGCCAAUGCUUUUAACCCUCUGAAUGCCAGUGCCAGCCUGCCCGCUGCUAUGCCCAUAACCGCUGCUGACGGACGGAGCGAACACACACUCACCUCGCCAGGUGGUGGCGGGAAGGCCAAAGUCUCUGGCAGACCCAGCAGCCGCAAAGCCAAGUCCCCGGCCCCGGGCCUGGCGUCCGGGGACCGGCCGCCCUCCGUCUCCUCGGUGCACUCGGAGGGGGACUGCAACCGCCGGACCCCACUCACCAACCGCGUGUGGGAGGACCGGCCCUCGUCCGCAGGUUCCACACCGUUUCCCUACAACCCCCUGAUCAUGCGGCUGCAGGCGGGUGUCAUGGCCUCCCCACCCCCGCCUGGCCUCCCCGCGGGCAGCGGGCCCCUUGCCGGUCCCCACCACGCCUGGGACGAGGAGCCCAAGCCGCUGCUCUGCUCACAGUACGAGACACUCUCCGACAGCGAGUGACCGUCAGAACGGGCUGGGGGGCGGUGCCGGGGCCCAGCCAGCGACCAGAGCAGCCGGGCAAGGAGGGGGCCGCUGCCGACCCCCCCCCCCCCCCCC